AACUAAACUAAAGUAAAGCAGCCGCCGUCGUCCUCUUGUCUAUCUUCCAAACCUAAAAAACAAACAGCCGACUGAGAGAUAUUCUUUCAUUCAUUUUACGAUUCAGCAGGGAGGGAAGGGAAGGUUCAAUCAGCCAGCAAGCAAGCAAGCAAGCAAGCAGGUAAGCUUCGAUUAGCCACCUCUAUUACAUUUGAAUUGUUGCCAUUCGGAAACGCGAUCCCUUGCGAACCCGGAUCCUGUUCGUACCGCGAAUUGGAUCGGACGAACCAAAACGAAAAUCAUGCCAUGACCAGCGAAUUAUGUGACUAUGAGAAAGAGUGAGAGGUUGAGAAAGGAAGACGGUGAUAAGCGUUUGAGAGUUGGGAAUAAUGCGGUGGGGAACGGGAGUAAGGUUAGAGACAAUGGGAAGUUGAAGGAGAAUGGAAAGAUAAUGGAUGAUGAUGAUGAUGAUGAAGAAAUGAUGACGUUAGCUGAAAUGCAAAAACUAGUGAAUGAUGAUGACGAUGAUGAUAAUGAUAAUGACGGUGAUGAUGAUGAUGAUGAAGAUGAAGAUGAAAAGAUGACAUUGGCUGAAAUGCAGAAACACUUGAAUGAUGACGAUGAUGAAGAAGAAGAAGAAGAGAUGACACUAGCUGAAAUGCAGAAAUUAGUGAAAAUAAAUGUGAACAAAUUGAAAGUAAACGAGAAAGAUAAGGCACAAAGAAGUGGAUCAAUGAGUAGUCAUUCAAAGAACAAGACAAAUGAAGAACGAAAGAACCAAGAUCCUGAUAUAAUGACAGUGGAAGACUCAGAUUUUUACGAUUUUGAUGAAGGAAGAGUGGAAAAGAGUUUCAAGAAAGGACAAAUAUGGGCUCUAUAUGACGAUGACGACCAGAUGCCAAGGCAUUAUGGUUUGAUUGAUGAAGUGGUGUCAACACAUCCGUUUGAGGUCAACAUGUUUUGGUUGGACCCGCAAAUCAAUGGUGAUGACAUGUUCAUUAGUUUAGAAAGUACACGAUUUCAUAUAUCUUGUGGGAGGUUUAAAGUUUCCAACAAAACUUCAGUUGCAUCUCUUAAUGUAUUUUCACAUAUUGUCAACUGUGAAAGAGCAGCGAGAGAAGUUUAUAGGAUUUACCCCAGAAAGGGUUCAGUGUGGGCUCUUUAUGGUGAAAGAGAAAGUCAUUUAGCUCGUGACAAAAGACGAUAUGAUAUUGUUGUGUUUUUAACAAGUUAUAGUGAGGUUCAUGGAUUAAGCAUGGCGCACCUUGAGAAGGUGAAGGGGUUCAAAACAACUUUUAGGAGACAAGAAAUCGGUUGUCAUGCCAUCAAAUGGCUUGAAAAACACGAAGCUCGGUUAUUUUCUCAUCAGAUUCCAGCAAGGAAGCUUUCUGGAGAUGAGGUCCCAAAUCUUUCAGGAGAUUAUUGGGAAUUAGAUCCUGCCUCACUUCCUACACAUCUCAUCACUACUAAUGGGAAGAAAUAGUCUUCGGUUGGUCACAAAUGAUAACUUUUAUACGCACAGAUCUCUGUUACCAAGAUACUUGAUAACACAAGAAUCCAUUGAACAGUAAUUUCAACGAGCAAGACAAAGAAUCAUGGCGUGUUAAAACUGUUAAUGUACAAUUGCCACUCAAUGGAUUUUGGAUAAUCCAGUUUGUGUUAGGGAUGUUCAUAAACCUUAAAAUUGACAGAACCACCCAAAACGAAGUUAGUUGGUCGUUUUGGUAUGUUUGAGAUUUAUACGGUUGUUUGGCGGUUUUACGGUUUGGAACAUGGAACCACUAUAUAAAUUCAUUCGGUUGUCUAGCA